AUGGAGGUCGAUGGCAUGCCCGCUAAACUCCUUCGUCUCAUCAAGGUCUACUACCGGUCGACGCGAAACCGCGUUCGUGCUUAUGGUGAGGAGUCGGAGACGUUUGAGGUGAAGACUGGUGUGCGGCAAGGGUGUGCCCUAUCCCCUGCCCUAUUCAACUAUACAAUCGACUACAUCCUUGGCAAGGCCCUUUCAGGACUACGCGGGAGUUGCGGUUGGAUGGAAUAUGAGCGCAGAGCAGAGGUAGUAGCUACUUUUCGCGUCAAGAAGAAGCCUGCGGAAGUGAUGGUCUGGUUUGGGUUCAAGAGGUCCAUGGUCAUGGACAUUUGGAGGAAGUGGAAGGCAUGUGAGAACAAGGACGAGUUUAUUGCCAAACAAAAGGCCCACAAUGUUCGUUUUUCAGCCGUUAGGACCGACAAGUUCGUCACCGCCGCCAAGGAGACAGUUGGCAAUGAUGGAAGCCAGAGCUACGUCAAGAUCGCCGCUGACAUGGGCUGUCACAAGUCAACGAUCUACCGAAAGAUCAAUAAGGACAAUGGUUACUCCUCCUACUGCAAGUAUCACCGCAUGCUCAUCACGAAUGCCUCCAGCGUUCAUCAAACUUUGUCGACAGGACGAGUUUGCUAG